CUUUGUAAUGGCAGAGCAGGUCUCACGCGGCUAAAACACCACGAACCCGUCACAAACCUUCCCUCUCCAUAGUCUCCCAUCCAUUCGGCGUUUAUAAACCUUAAACUUCUAUGUUCCCUUCUUAUAAAACGCGUUCUCCCACUUUCUCAUAGCAGUGAGGAAGAUCCAUGGGUUACGAUUCUGGUCCAGUUCCGAAAGUUGUGCCGGAGGACGAUGGCGGCAACGGAUAUGCGUUGACUGGCAAGAUCAUGCUGAGCGCGAUUGUGAUUUUGUUAUUUGUUGUGAUUUUGAUGGUCAGCUUACAUCUCUACGCACGGUGGUACCUAAUCCGCACUCGCCGCCGUCAAAUACGGAGGAACCGUUACCGCCAUCGCCGUACCCAGUUAGUCUUCUACGUGGACCCGAACGCACAAGCCGGAGCCGCAACUGUCACACAGCCCACGCACGGGCUUGAUGCGUCCGUUUUGAUGUUACUCCCUGUUUUCGUCUAUUCCUCCAAGACCCACCCGGACCCGCAGGAGUGCGCGGUGUGUUUGUCGGAAUUUGAGGAGAACGAAAAGGGUCGGAUAUUGCCCAAUUGUAAUCACAGUUUCCAUAUACAGUGCAUUGACAUGUGGUUCCACUCCCAUUCCACCUGCCCUCUCUGUCGAUCUCCUGUCGAACCGUAUCCGGUUCCCCAUGAUUCGGUUCCUGUACACGAUGGUGAUUCUGUGGCGGUGGAACCGGGUUCCAGCUCCGAAUUGUGUGCCACAUGUCAGCACGAGGGGGAGCCAGCAAGUGGUCCUUCCACGUCUUCGUUUGGAGAGCGAAGGAAGCGAAUGGAUGUAAGAAUAGAAAUUCCGACAAGAAAUGCCAGUUUUGGGGGCGAGUCAGGGACCGGAUCACCGGCAAGUCAAUCGUUUAGAUCGCCGAUGAGUCGCAUGUUGUCGUUUACUCGAAUUCUUAGCCGGGAUAGAAGGUUGGGUCUUUCACCGUCGGCGAGUUGCGUCGGCAAUACGGUUGACGAAUCAGAUAUCGAAAGAGGAAGGGAGGAGAGUCAACAAGGUCAGUCUUAGCUCGGCGGCGAGUCAGUAGAACAAGUCCAAUAGAAAAUCUUGGCGGUUAUCAGUUUGGGCGCCGAAGUGAUAAGACCAUCGAGGACUUGGAGUGUUUACUAAUUACUAUCACUGCCACGGUGAAUGGUCGACACAGAUCCCCUUGUGAAUGUGUGUUGACUUGUCACUUUUGUAUAUAAUCUUAGGUGAUUAAUUUUUCUUUUAUUUGUUAAUUUAUAUUUAUAGGUGUAUUGGGAAUUUCUAUAAAUAAUCGUUCAUAAUCAUGUGACAAUUACAUUAGAGUCUC